AUCUGUAAACAUUUUUUGACACUUCUUUCGAAGAUUUUUUUCUAGAAGGACAGCGUUUCCUUGAUCAAUCCGAACUCAUUAAUUUUUUAGAGAUUUAUAGUACGGUAAUGUUUAAUUUGACGUUCAUGUUGCCAUGGCGUGCAAUCUAAUCAAAGCGAUUGCUGUGAAUUAGCGGUGAACCCCAACAAUUUGAAUUCUGUAUUGAACAUGUGUUUUGAUGAUCGAUCACGGAAUAACUCGUACCCAAAGAAGAGAACUAUGCUGUUCGUUUUCCUGAGACUGCACCAAUGACUUCAAAUGAAAGCGAUGAUGAAAAUCUGGCACUAAACUCUGAAAGUCAUGUUCAGUCUGGUUCAUCACAAGAUGGUGUUUUGCCAACCCCUUUGCAUGCUGCUGCUGUGAAUGGAAACAAGUCUCUUCUUCAAAGGCUACUGCAAGAAGAGGAAAGAAGUCUUAUCAAUAAUGGAGACCAGUUUGGCCGCACUCCUCUGGUCUACAGUGUUUUGGGAGACAGACUUGACUGUGCAGAGCUGUUGUUGAAAGCUGGAGGCAAUGUUGGUUCUUGUGAUAUGGAUGGUAGAACACCACUUCACUGGGCUGCAUACCAGGGAAAUGUGAAGUGUGUAAAACUACUGCUGUCUAAAGGAGCAAAUUGGAAAGUAAAAGACAACAAAGGAAGAACUCCACUCCAUUUUGCCACAAGCCAUCAAUCACCCAAGUGCUUAAGCAUCUUACUGAAGCGAGUCCCUAAGGGCGAAGCAGAUGAACCAGAUAAUGAUGAGAUGACAUCUCUUCACUGGAGUGUGUCUUAUGGGAAUGCUGAGCAUGUCAAGCUAUUGCUAAAGGCAGGAUGCUCUGUGACCGUUACUGACUUGGAAAAGAGGACACCUCUUCACUGGGCAAUAACAAAUCCAGAUCCUGCUGUUGUGAAACUCAUUUUGGAAGCAAACUCGGAUAUCAUCAACCAUCAGGACAAUGAAGGAAGGACUGCUCUGCAUCUUGCUGUGGCAGAGCAGAAUGAGGCAGCUGUUAAGGUGUUGCUGGCUCUUGACAAGUGUAAAGUGUCAGCCCAAGACAACAUGAGCCGGUCACCUCUACACUGGGCAGCGGUGUUAGGCAACUCUCAGUUAGUGAAAAUGCUACUGGAGAGAAAUGCGGAUUUCACUGCUGCAGACAGCAAUGGGGCUACUGCUCUUCAUUACGUGGCUCAGAGCAAUUAUUGUGAAACGGUCAAAGUGUUCCUGUCUUUCGACAAAGUCAACGAUAUUCCUGAUAAUGAAGGAAGAACUGCUCUCAUGUGGGCUGCAGGGAAAGGAAGUGAAAGUGCUUUAAAGACAAUGUUAGAACAUAACCUAGACGUGCACGCCAAAGACAAAUUGGGAGGAACAGCGCUGCAUUCGGCUGCCUACUCUGGUCACGUGAACUGUGUCAAGCUGCUGAUCCAAUUUGGAGCCUGCGUUGAUGCACUGGACAUGCUUCAGCACACACCCAUAUUUCGCGCAUGCGAGAUGGGACACACUGAAGUUGUCAACAAUUUGAUUCUGCAUGGUGCCACUGUCAACUUGGAAGAUCAAGAUGGUCGUACACUGCUUCACUGGGCGGCUCUCGGGGGUCAUGCACCCAUAUGUAACGCUCUGAUAGAGCAGAGUGUGCCCUCGGACACUAAAGAUCACUUGGGUCGUACUCCGCUGCAGUGCGCCGCUCAUGGAGGAUUCGUGAAGUUUAUGACGGUGUUAAUGGAGCAUGGUGCCGAAGUUGAUCACCAAGACAACGACGGAAUUACUGCGCUGCACUGGAGCUGUGCAUCCGGGCAUUUGGAUGCUGUCAAGCUGUUGCUAAGAUACAAGGCCUUCCCUAACUUCAAAGAGUCGAACGCUGACAGGUUGACUCCCCUCGACUAUGCCAUUAUUGGUGACCACCAGGAUGUAGCGCAGUAUAUGAUCGAACAAGGAGCUUUGACUAUUAACGGAAUCCAGGACAUUGCUGCCACGACAGUUCAGAAGUGUUGGCGUGGUUACACUGUCCGCAAGGCAUUUCAAGACAAGAAAAAUUUGUUUUUGAGACACGAGCAGUUGAAAGGGCAGAAACGAGCAAGUGCUGCAAGGACUGGGGACAUAUUUGGAAACCAGUCUCCUUACAGCGUAUCCCCUGGUAGUGCAUCUCCAAGAGAUUUCACGAAAACUGACGCCUUUGACAAUGAACGACAUUUACAAGUUUUCACUGAAGACUUUCCUGAGGAAAAUAUGGAAGAAGCACUGCCGCCGUUUACUGAAGAAAGAAGACAUUCACAAAAUGAAAGUACCAGUAAAGAUAAACUAUUACCAGACAAUACUUGUCCACGAGAUUAUACAGAAAGACAUGUCACUAAUGUACUGCAAGAAGCAAAAGUGGAUGAAAGUUGGUCUUCCUCGGAAAGUCCAUCAUCAGGACGGAAAUCCGAAGACAGAUUUCAUUUUAAGAAUGAUGCCGAGAUGGUGAGAGUGGUUUCGUCGUUAUUGUUGGAAGAAGACUUCGAAUUAGACGAAGGAUUUUCGUUCGCAAAUGAGGGUGAAAAUACUGUGCGUAGAGUUAAUGUCACGAAAAAUGAUCCGCCUCGUUUGGCGCCAGCAAAAAAGUUACACAGCGGUAUUUCAAAAGCAGAGCUUGCGCGGAGGGAGCGCGAACGGCUUCAUUUAAUACGCUCGAAAGUGAACGCAGCGGUAUUGAUUCAACGUUGGUUUAGAAAAUGGAUCUCGAUGAGGCGUGAACGUUUCGAACGCGAUGUGAUAUUAUCGGAGGUAAAAAAUGAACAGGAAGAACUCAACAAGGAAGUCGCCGCGCUUACAAUUCAACUGGCGUGGAGGAAACAUUAUAGACUCGAGUUUGAGAAAAUCUCCACUGGAACUAAACAGCAGAAAUCGAAAAAACCGCCCUUUUUGAGUUCCGCUUCGUGUAAACAGAAACAAAAUGGAAUACACAUAUACGGGCGCCCUCUUCGAAAAGUUCCGUCCAUGAACGGCUUUAAUUCUCGCAACGCUUUCAAACGAAAGCCUGGGUCCACAAAACAUGAUUCUACCUCUCCAGCCGCCAUGUCAUAUAACAUGGCGAUGGACUUGUAUCAUCCCUUGGGGUCGAGGCAAGGCAACAGUCGUGCUGCCAUAGUUACAUCUAGCACCAGAGUGAGGCCUGGGAGCAUGAAGAGAACUGUUAAUGGCUGGACUCAUAAUAUUGGGUUUUUAUCCAGAAUCAGUGGACACAAAACAGGAUCAAAGGAUCCGAAAACGUAGCAGAUGUUGCUUUCCUGAUCUUGGUAUUAUUUCAUGGAGGGGUGUUUUGUAAAAGCCGAUUACCGCUGGUUUACCGCCGCCCACAAGACCUCUUACCGCCGUCUGUUGAGCUUGCGAUCAGGCUCUCGUGUUUGGGUUUCACCCUAAGUCCCCUCUCUGGGGCAGCUGCCUAUUACAUAAUCGGCAGCCGCUCAUGGAAAACGUUAUAGGAACCCCCGUACUUUCCACUGGCUCCCUGUUAGUUUCUGCAUCUCUUCGCGUUUUAGUUUCUAACGUAAAUCUUACCGAAGCUUCGUGAGUGCCUGGUAGAAGUGAGCAACACCAUGUGAUUUUAGAAUUUUUUUCGCUGUGCAAAACUACUCACAGCUCGGAUAAAAUAAAAAAAUACCUGUCUAGUUAGGUUGAAAAACGAAAAAGAGGCAAUGAUAAACAAUGAAGGAUGGCCAGGGAUGGAGGAAUGGAAGAUGCACGUGAAUCAGUGCCAAGAGAUGGAUAAAUCGUUCCAUAGCUCAUCGUUAAAGAACAUCACUGAGAUAUUACAUAUUAUUAAGUUGCAUGUAAUGACAACCAUAACAUAAAAUAUCCUUGCAUUUUUUAUGUUGGUAAACGAAUUAAAAACGAUAUAAAUACUAUAUAAAUACUGUAUACAAGAUAAAUUUAGAAAGGCUUGCUCCAAUAUGGCGGCGAUGACGUGAAAGCUAACGCCGCAUUUCCACAAAUGUCACAAACAUUAACGAGUUCAUCCAUGUUUGUUUUCAUUGUAAGCACUUAAAAGUAUUAUCUGCCAUUAUGCACAUUCUAAAAAAGUGAUGUAUACAAUUUUAUGACAUAAACGAUGACGUUAGUUGUCUUUAUUUAAACUUAAUCCCUGUACUGUGUCAGUAUUCUCUGUCCUACUUUCCUGCACGCACUUGUUAUUUAUCAGUGGAGACUGAUGUUGUGGGCGCCAUAUGCAAUGUAUGUAGCACACAUGGACCUUGUAAUAAUCUACGCUCCCAGACAACUGGUUGAAACACUUCUCCAGAACAACGCCGGGCUAUGACGUAAACUAGGUUGUGAUUAUUCAACAUGGUA